AUGAAACUGGAAUAUUAUAUUUUAGUCUCUGCACUGAUCGUUGUGACUACCGCACCUCCACCCACGAUUCGAGCUACUACAACUUUAGGCCCCACUCGAGCUGCUACAAGAGCUACAACCGCGAUUGCAGCUACCCCAGCUAGACUAAUCUUUUUGCCAAACGAUCCUAACCGUCCGGUAGCUGACAUUGCGACUGCAUUAGGUAUCACAUCAGAUCAGCUUGUCACCUGCUUCGACGGCGUUAUACCAGCUACUAAUGGCAGCAUACCAGCUCCAGCUCAAUUGUUUACAAGCAAGGCAAAACUUUUCAGCUGUCUUCAAGCAUUAAAACCAACCAUUACAAUUGUUGAGCUAGACAAAGUUAUGCUCACAUACCGUCUAAAAUAA